CCAAAAAUCUCUAAAACCCUAAUAUUCUUUUUCUACCCUAAAACCCUAAAACAAUGAUGAACGACUACGACGAUCAGAUAACAAUGGAAGCCCAAUCUCAACCUUCAGAAAAUUCUCAAAUUCUUCAAACAUUAGCUCUAGGCCCUCUCUCUUCUUCUCUUUCUUCACUCUCUUCCUCUUCUCCAACCCUCCCUUCCAAUCAAGACUUUCAUUUCUUCAACAACUUCUCCGAUUUCAAGCUUCCCAUCGAUCAAAUCGCCAAAACAUCCGAUUCUUUGCUCGAAUCCAUUGGCGCUUCGGCUAAAACAUGGGGCGCCAACAAGGCCAUCAAUUUCCCUAGCAACCUUGACAGCAUAGCCGAUGAUGAAGCUUAUGAUUGGCUCGUUGAUAUUAACGACGAACUUUUGGAACGAUUUGACGUUUCCAUCGACGAAUUUCAUAAGAUUCGAAAGAAAGAAGAGGAAACGGGUCGGUUUAUUGGGUCGGAUCCUGACAAUAAUGGGUUUCAGUUGGUUUACGGGAAGAAGAAGAAAAUUAACGGUGGUUUAGUGAGUGACUCGGUUGGUGUGUCAGUCAGUGGGAAGGAAGGUGGGUUUUCGGGUUCUUCUGGAGUUAAGGUGAAGAAAGAGGCAUUGGCUACGGGGACGACUGGGAAAGCGAAGGUGCCAUUUCAUAUACCAACGAUACGGAAGCCUCAGGAAGAGUAUAAUAUACUUGUGAAUAAUUCGAAUCAGCCUUUUGAACAUGUUUGGUUGCAGAGGAGUGAGGAUGGGCAGCGUUUUGUUCAUCCACUGGAGAACCUCUCUGUUAUGGAUUUUGUGGAAAAAGAUAUUGCAGAUAUUCAGCCCAUCAAACCCCCAUCAAUGGAGUCUACCUCAUUUAAGCUGGUUGAGGAAGUAAAAGAUUUGAAGGAUUUAGCAGCUAAGUUACGCGGUGUGGAAGAGUUUGCGGUUGAUUUGGAGCAUAACCAAUAUCGAUCUUUUCAAGGACUAACUUGCUUGAUGCAAAUUUCUACUAGAACUGAGGAUUUUAUUGUAGAUACUUUGAAGCUUCGAAUUCAUGUUGGCCCAUAUCUUAGGGAAGUUUUCAAGGAUCCCACCAAGAAAAAGGUUAUGCAUGGAGCAGACAGGGAUAUUGUGUGGCUUCAACGAGACUUUGGCAUAUAUGUGUGCAAUCUCUUUGACACUGGACAGGCCUCAAAGGUCUUGAAAUUGGAAAGAAAUAGUUUGGAGCAUCUUCUGCAACAUUUUUGUGGAGUUACAGCCAACAAAGAGUACCAGAAUGCAGAUUGGAUAUUGCGUCCUCUUCCUGAUGAAAUGCUCAGAUAUGCUAGAGAAGACACACACUACUUACUGUACAUUUAUGAUUUAAUGAGAAUCAAAUUGUUUUCAAUGCCCCAGGAAGGUGAACAUUUGGAUGCUCCUUUGGUAGAGGUCUACAAGCGAAGUUCUGAUGUAUGUACACAACUGUAUGGGAAAGAGCUCCUGACAGAGAAUUCAUAUCUCCAUAUACAUGGGUUGCAGGUGGCUGGUUUCAAUGCUGAGCAGCUAGCAGUUGUUGCUGGGCUUUGUGAAUGGCGAGACAUUAUUGCUCGUGCAGAGGAUGAAAGUACUGGUUAUGUAUUGCCAAACAAAACGCUUCUUGAAAUCGCCAAGCAGAUGCCUGUAGCUGCUCACAAGUUACGUCAAUUGUUGAAAUCUAGACACCCAUAUGUGGAGCGAAAUCUUGGUGCAGUUGUUAGCAUCAUCAGGCAUGCUAUGCAGAAUGCUGUUGCAUUUGAAGCUGCUGCUCAACAACUUAAAAUGGGACGUAUGCUAAAUGCAUCAGAACAACAUAUAGCAGCUAAAGAGGGAGCUGAGGUCUUAAUUCCUGUGACUCCUACAGACUUUAAAACUGCAAAUGAUAGAACAAGAAUCAUAGAUGAUGCUGUAGUAGGACCUGAUGGGAUAAGUGCUCAAUCUGCUUCUCUGCAACAUAAACACGACUCGAUCAAGAUUGGAAGCAGUAUUACUCAACUUGACAGAGACAAAAAACAAGAAGGAUUCUCUUUUGAGCCACAUGUGAAUGGUAGCUCAAUGUAUGCGAGAGAAAAUCUUGUCAUCUCGGGAAAGAGUGGAGAUGCAAAUGCCCAUACAGUUAUUCCACCUUCAACAAAGAUGGCAACUGGAGCAACUAUUCAGGUUCUAAAGAAACCAAGCCGUGGCUUUGGAGCACUUCUGGGGAAUGCUUCCACGAAGAUGAAAUUUGAUAUGGAGAAAAAGGAGAAGGAAGAUAGUAAGUUGGCACAGAUCAGAUCUUCAGUAAAUCUUUCAUUUCACUCAUUCUCGGGCACAGCAGAGCAGUCAAAACCUCCUGUUAACGAGCCAACUAAAUUUCCAGAAGCUCCACAGCCCAAAGAACCUCCUGCUGUGGUAGCUACUGAGUCGUCGACAUUAGAAGAUAUUAUCAUGUUAGAAGAUAAUUCAAGAAAGGAUGAACAAGUUGAUGGUAGUGGUAGUCCGGAAGUAAAUGAUACACCUGGGAAGGAGAGUUGUAUGGCACCUUCCUCUGAAACGGAAAAAGAAGAUGAGACUAUGUCUUUAUCCGAUUUAUCUACCAGCUUCCAACAGUGCUUCGAGUCUAUGAAUCAAAACAGAAAAGCAGUUAAAGUGAAGAAAUCAAAAGAAGCUAGUGGUGUUUUGCAAAUAAAGCCAUUUGAUUAUGAAGCAGCCAGGAAAGAGAUUAAGUUUGGAGAAGAUGCAGAGACAGAAUCAGGAAGCCAUGCAAAGUCUGGUGGUAAGAAGAAAAGUUCAGCAAUGGGGCGACUGCAAAUAGACGAUGGAUCUAAACAAUUUCCUCAAGCUAGGCGACGACAAGCUUUUCCUGCAUCUGGGAACAGAAGUGCAACUUUCCGAUGAUCCUUGGAUCAGGAACCAUAAUCCUGUAAGACAAAUGAGAAACAAGCGUGAAUUUGAAGUGUUAAUCCCUAAUCAAUAGAAAAAGAUGAUGAUCUUGCUAGACU